AUGAAAAUAUAUGAUUUAUGUCUCAAGUUAAAUCGUGAAAAAAUGACUCAUCAGCAACAGCAGAACUACAAUAAAAAAGACAUUGCAUUGAAUAUGAACUCUUUAAAAUUUUUCUUGAACACAAUUAUUCUAUCGCCACAUUUAGGACACGACAUUUUGCCUCUCGAGCACGACGUUUACAAAUUGGACCAGAUAAAAUUGCUGGAUGCCGGACAACAAGUCACUUUUUAUGAGGCCGAAAACAAAAUGCUACGAAUUGUUAGAAGAUACUCGUCUAUGAACCGACCUGCUCCUGUACCUAUUGGCAACAAGAAACAACACCAAGAAAUGCUUGAUUUGAUUCGCAAAAAGCAACAGAGAGAUGUCACAGCCGAGGGGGAUUUGCAUGACGAUGCUCGAACAUUGAAACCUGAAUUCACAGGAGAUGUCAACCCAAAGACAGGCGAAGUCAAUGGACCAAAGAAUGAACCUCUCAAGCAUGGCGAUUGGAGUUUUGGUGGACGAGUUACUGACUUUUGAGUGGCAUGUUUAUCAAUAUAUCUUUCUAUAUUAUUAAUAUAUAUAUAUAUAGCUAUAUAUAACUGUCUCUCUCUCUCUGUGUGUGAUGCAUAUCUGUAGCCAUGUACUUGGUUGGUUGCUAGGCCUUGUAAAAGAAAAAGGUGUAUAUAUAAAUUAUAUUAUAUUUGAUUUGAUUUG